AUGGCACUGAAGCGAGGUUUACAAAGUGGUGCACUGAAACAGGCCAAAGGUACUGGUGCGGCCGGUUCAUUCCGUCUUGGAGAGAGCAAGGCUAGCAGCGGCCAUGUCCGUAAAACUCGGAAACCGCGAGCGAAGAAGACCAGCACGGGGCGAAAGUCGACCGGAGUGAAGAAACCGCAAGUGAAGCGAGCAAGAAAGGUACCAGUCAUCUGUUUUUACUAUAAAAGUAGAAUGUGUCAGUGUUAG